UUACAGAUGACUACUGUGUAGGCAAGGGUGACAUGAAUAUAACAGCUCCACGCAGCCAGUUCCUCUGACUGCUCUGUGAGGAAAGAGGGAACGAGAGAGAGAGCAGUAGCAGAGUGAAAUGAAGAGUCUUGGAGCUGCUGUGUUCUUUUGAAGGAUGAUCAGGCUAAUCCCUCAGUGUGUUGGGGAAAACCACGCACUGAUCUGAAGGUAACAGCUUCUGGACUGCUACAGUGAGAUGGAUGUGGGCAGAGCUCUUCGUCAGCUCGGGCUCUGAGGAACAGCCAGGCAACGGUUCAGCAGCGGGGACAAAUCUCCAGAUCUGCAAACGUGUGCAGCACCUGCAAGGCCAACAUUUAUAAUUUGUGCCUAACUGCAGUUAAGAGUCAACUACAUUGGUGGGUCUGGAGUCACAUACAAGCCAAGACCAGUGAGUGCAUCCAGAAAGAAAAUCUGCGAGGCAGAUAGACAAGGCGAGAGGGCAUAAGCAAAGCAGAGGAAACAAGAUGAGUUGAAAACAGAGCACGUUGCCUUCCUGUCCUACACCUCCACCUCAGCCAAGGGGUCCUGCAACAGUUGAGCUGGUUGUUGCAUCACUAUUCAGAUCAGCAGAAGCGAGUUUCCAGGAAGAAGCUACAAAGUGCAUUCCUUAUUCCAGAGGAGUUAAUUUAACACUAUUGGGAUUGAUUUGUAUUUUUGUCACGUUUGUCCCAGAUUCUUGGAUCCAUUUGGAUUUUGUGCAAAGAUUUUGUCUGCGCCAGGACCAGCCCUGGAAGGCAAUUAUCAAUUACUUAUGCACAAGUAACCUGCUUUCUUCAAAUGCUGAAUGAAGCAUAAUCCACAUUCACUGCCGGAAAUCCCCACCUAAUGGAGUGAGAUGCCAUUUGCCCGUGAAGUGUGGAGGAGAUCUUAGAGCUGGUGUAAUCUCCUGGAUCUAUUUUUACUGCUUACAACACACAUUAAAAUGCCCUCUUGACAUUUAAGAGAUUUUCUGAUUUUACUCCCUUACUCUCCCAAUAUUGCAGAAUUGCACCUUGAAGCACUCUUGAAGCUUGGGUGGCAGCUUUAGAAUUGUGGGGGAAAAAUGUUGCUGAAAGAGUACAUUUUUAUUAGCUUGGCAACUGUUACAUUAACUCAAGCAAUACCCUGGCACGUCAGAUGCCCUGAUAUGUGUGUUUGUGAAAUUAAACCUUGGUUUACACCAAGAUCAAUGUAUAGAGAGGCUCCAACAGUGGACUGUAAUGAUUUUUUUAUGUCUAAAGUUCCCUCUAAUUUGCCUGAAGGAACACAGACGUUACUCCUACAGAGUAACAGAAUCACCAAGAUCGAGCCAGGUGAGCUCCAUCACCUGGUGAACCUGACGGAACUGGAUCUGUCUCAAAACAGUUUCUCGCAGAUUGAAGACUUCAGCUUGACAAACAUGAGUAAUCUUCUGGUCCUUCAUCUGGAAGAGAACCAGUUGACUGAACUGUCGGAAAAAUGCUUCUCUGCUCUCACCAACCUUCAAGAACUUUACUUAAACCAUAACCAGCUCAGCACUAUUUCUGCUGGAGCUUUCUUUGGCCUUGAAAACCUUCUUCGGCUUCACCUGAACUCCAACAAGUUGAGGACCAUUAAAAGCGAGUGGUUUAAGGCCAUACCUAGCCUGGAGAUCCUCAUGAUCGGAGAGAAUGCUGUGGACAAGAUCCAGAACAUGAAUUUUAAGCCUCUCAUCAACCUAAGAAGUCUGGUUUUAAGUGGAAUGAGACUGAAAGAAAUCUCAGAUUAUGCUCUCGAAGGUCUGGAGAAUCUAGAAAGCAUUUCUUUUUACGACAACAAAUUGUCCAAGGUUCCAAAGGUGGCCCUCCAGAAAGUUCCAGGUCUUAAAUUUUUGGAUUUGAACAAAAAUUCAAUUCAAAGGAUCCAACAGAGCGAUUUUACAGAUAUGCUCCAUCUUAAAGAGUUGGGUAUUAAUAAUAUGGAGGAACUGAUCUCCAUUGACAAGUUUGCUUUGGACAAUUUACCUGAAUUGACCAAACUGGAAGUGACCAACAACCCAAAGUUUUCCUACAUUCACCCCAAUGCAUUUCGGCUCAUUCCUCAAAUGGAAACUCUAAUGCUGAACAAUAAUGCCCUGAGUGCCUUAUACAAAAAGACUAUUGAGUCUCUAUCGAAACUCCAAGAGAUCAGCAUCCACAGCAAUCCCAUCAGGUGUGACUGUGUCAUUCGCUGGGUGAACACUAACGAAAAUCACAUUCGGUUCAUAGAGCCACAGUCGACCUUUUGUGUGGACCCUCCAGAGUUUAACAGGCGAAAUCUGAGAGAUGUCCCAUUCAGAGAGAUGACAGAUCGAUGCCUUCCUCUCAUUUCCCCUGAAGCCUUUCCCUCAGAUCUCAGCGUUGAAAUGGAAGAAUCUUUUUCCCUUCACUGCCGGGCUUUUGCUGAGCCAGAUCCCGAGAUUUAUUGGGUCACACCCUCUGGUGACAAACUAUCAGCCUAUACUGCAUCAGACAAAUACAGGGUGCGCCCCGAAGGCACGCUGGAGAUAUUCAAUAUAAGUACAGAUGAAGCAGGACUUUAUACCUGUGUGGCUCACAAUCUCGUAGGAGCUGACUCGAAGAGUGUCACAAUCAAAGUGAGUGGGUUCUAUCCAGAAAAUGAAGACAACAUUCAGCUCUAUGUACAAGAAAUAGAAGCUCACCAUAUCCUGCUGUCGUGGAUAAUCACCUCCAACAUAAUAUCGUCAAACAUCACUUGGUCACGCACACUGAGCAACAGCAGCUUGAAUUUUGCCUUCUCAGCUCGGAUCCCUGCUGGCGUACACAGUUAUAAUCUGACCAGGCUCGAGCCACUUGCCGAAUAUGUGAUAUGUGUGCAUGUGUCCCACAUCAGUCUCCACACUGAGACAUCCUGCCUCAGGAGCAGGACCAAAGAAACCCACUCAGCAACUAGCACAAGUGAGAUAAGACCACAGUUUCUAAUUGCCUUGACUGCCUGUGCACUGUUCGUAGCAAUAAGUGUCUUGGCCCUCCGUAGGCUUGCACCUGUGAGGCAGAAGGUUGUGGAGGAGCACCGGCCAUUGUCAAUGAGCAUGCAAAGGAAUCUAUCCAUCUCACUGCACCGUAUUUACCCUCUGUUUGUCAAGCACUGGGAACCUGACAUCAACUCAGGCAAAACAAUAGCGGUAGAACUGCAAUCCACCCCACUGGGCCCCUCGAACAUCGGCUACUGUGACACCAUCUGAGACAAGGUCAAAAUGAGCAAGGAGAAGUAAAACCAUGACCCGACCUAACAAGAGACUCGUCUCCCCUUUCACUGUCCGGAUGAAACAGGCAAAAAUGGGUCAAGGAAACAAAUAUCAGCUGAAGAGGAAGUAAAUCCGGAUUCCAAUGAGUUCUUUUAGACAUAAGAGGGUGGCAGUUUUUUGGCAGUAAACCCUCCUGGUAGAAAUCCCCCUUCUCUGUCCAACUGAUGUCAAUGUGUUUGUUCUGUACUGGUUAUGAACUCUGUUAAUUGGAGACAUAUAUAGAAGUCCGGGAAAGAUAUAAGAAAAAACAGGGAUCUCACUGUUCAGAAAUGUAUCCGAUUUCUUAUGUAAAAAAAACCUUUGUGAUCAUGUCGAUAGAAAAUCUGUUUUUUUCAAGCUAGACACUUGAAAAUCUGAAUGGAAACCGAGAGCAGGUUUACAACAAUUUUAUACAGGAAGUAUGUGCAUAUUUUUCUAGGUUCAGACAGUAAUGUCACACACUUUGCUUUGAGCUUCCCUCUGUGCUUUCCGAUGCUCAGAGAGACUAGUGACGGAGCCUCCUUGAGCACCGCAAAGGAGUUUUGCAGUUUUAAGGCGAUGCCGGUGUUUUGUAUCACUGCACCAUUUACCAACCUCAUUUUCUGUAGUUUUCCUGUACCUCCGGCCGUUACUGCACAAGAAAAAACCGUGCAGAAGCGUGAAGGAUUCAUGGAAGCGUUUCUUUUGAUUGCAGUAUUUUCUGAAUAAACCAUAACGAAAAAAAA